CGGGAGGAGUGGGGUGAAGUUAGCCGCGGGGCCCCACGGGGCGGUAACGAGGACGGUCAGCGAGGAGAUGCCGAAGGGACCCGCGGGUCCUGGGGAAGCGGGGGAUGCUCGGGGGGACCGGCUCCCGGCAGGCUCAACGUGGACGGGCUGCUGGUCUACUUCCCCUACGACUACAUCUACCCGGAGCAGUUCUCUUACAUGCUGGAGCUCAAACGCACACUGGACGCCAAGGGUCAUGGAGUCCUGGAGAUGCCCUCAGGCACUGGGAAGACCGUGUCCCUGUUGGCCCUGAUCAUGGCAUACCAGAGGGCAUAUCCACUGGAGGUGACUAAACUCAUCUACUGCUCGAGGACUGUGCCUGAGAUUGAGAAGGUGAUCGAAGAGCUUCGAAAGUUGCUCCAUUUCUAUGAGAAGCAGGAGGGUGAGAAGCUGCCGUUUUUGGGGCUGGCUCUGAGCUCCCGGAAGAACCUGUGCAUUCAUCCCGAGGUGAUGCCCCUGCGCUUUGGGAAAGACGUCGACGGGAAAUGCCACAGCCUCACGGCCUCCUACGUGCGCGCACAGUACCAGCAGGACCCCAGCCUGCCCCACUGCCGCUUCUACGAGGAGUUUGACGUCCAUGGGCGCCAGGUGCCCCUCCCUGCUGGCAUCUACAACCUGGAUGACCUGAAGGCCCUGGGGCGGCGCCAGGGCUGGUGCCCCUACUUCCUUGCCCGCUAUUCGAUCUUGCACGCCAACGUGGUGGUUUACAGCUACCACUACCUCCUGGACCCCAAGAUCGCGGAGCUGGUCUCCAAGGAGCUGGCCCGGAAAGCUGUCGUGGUCUUCGACGAGGCCCACAACAUCGACAACGUCUGCAUCGACUCUAUGAGCGUCAACAUCACCCGCCGGACCCUCGACCGGUGCCAGGGCAACCUGGAGACCUUGCAGAAGACGGUGCUCAGGAUCAAGGAGACCGAUGAGCAGCGUCUGCGGGACGAGUACCGCCGCCUGGUGGAGGGGCUGCGCGAGGCCAGUGCGGCCCGGGAGACCGACGCCCACCUGGCCAACCCCGUGCUUCCCGACGAGGUGCUCCAGGAGGCGGUACCCGGCUCCAUCCGCACGGCCGAGCACUUCCUGGGCUUCCUCCGGCGGCUGCUGGAGUACGUCAAGUGGCGGCUGCGGGUACAGCACGUGGUGCAGGAGAGCCCCCCCGCCUUCCUGAGCGGCCUGGCCCAGCGUGUGUGCAUCCAGCGCAAGCCCCUCAGAUUCUGCGCCGAACGCCUCCGCUCCCUGCUGCACACCCUGGAGAUCGCCGACCUUGCCGACUUCUCUCCCCUCACCCUCCUCGCCAACUUCGCCACCCUCGUCAGCACCUACGCCAAGGGUUUCACCAUCAUCAUUGAGCCCUUUGAUGACCGGACCCCCACCAUUGCCAACCCCAUCCUGCACUUCAGCUGCAUGGACGCUUCCCUGGCCAUCAAACCCGUGUUCGAGCGCUUCCAGUCUGUCAUCAUCACUUCUGGGACGCUGUCCCCACUGGACAUCUACCCCAAGAUUCUGGACUUCCAUCCUGUCACCAUGGCAACCUUCACCAUGACGCUGGCCCGGGUGUGCCUCUGCCCGAUGAUCAUCGGUCGGGGCAAUGACCAGGUGGCCAUCAGCUCCAAAUUUGAGACCCGGGAAGAUAUCGCGGUGAUCCGAAACUACGGGAACCUCCUGCUGGAGAUGUCCGCCGUGGUCCCCGACGGCAUCGUGGCCUUCUUCACCAGCUACCAGUACAUGGAGAGCACCGUGGCCUCCUGGUACGAGCAGGGCAUUCUCGAAAACAUCCAGAGGAACAAGCUGCUCUUCAUCGAGACGCAAGAUGGGGCCGAGACCAGUGUCGCCCUGGAGAAGUACCAGGAGGCCUGCGAGAACGGCCGCGGAGCCAUCCUGCUGUCAGUGGCCCGAGGCAAAGUGUCCGAGGGAAUUGACUUUGUGCACCACUACGGGAGGGCCGUUAUCAUGUUUGGUGUUCCCUACGUCUACACCCAGAGCCGGAUUCUCAAGGCGCGGCUGGAGUACCUGCGGGACCAGUUCCAGAUCCGAGAGAACGACUUUCUCACCUUCGAUGCCAUGCGCCACGCAGCCCAGUGUGUGGGUCGGGCCAUCAGGGGCAAGACGGACUACGGCCUCAUGGUCUUUGCCGAUAAGCGGUUCGCCCGGGCAGACAAGCGCGGGAAGCUUCCCCGCUGGAUCCAGGAGCACCUCACUGACGCCAACCUCAACCUGACGGUGGAUGAGGGGGUCCAGGUGGCCAAGUACUUCCUGAGGCAGAUGGCUCAGCCCUUCCACCGGGAGGACCAGCUGGGCCUGUCCCUGCUCAGCCUGGAGCAGCUGGAAUCGGAGGAGACGCUGCGGAGGAUGGAGCAGAUUGCUCAGCAGCUGUAGCUCAGCGGCAGCAGCCCGGCAGUCGC